AUUUUGAUCCCGUGAGCGCGAAAUGACAUCCACGUCCAACAUGCAGGCAGUCAAGUGGUUAGGAAUGGACCGAGAUGGGAAGAUGACGGUGUCUCCGUCUACGUCGCUCAAGGUGCUUCAUGCGCUGCCAGAAAGGCACAAUGUCAACUUGAUCAGUAUCUUUGGGGCGGCGCGCCAGGGAAAGUCGUUCCUGAUGAACCUCCUCGCGAACCAACAAGACUUGUUUCGUAUCUCCAACGAAAAGGAACCGUGUACUCAAGGUGUCGACCUCUCGAGCCACUUCAUGCCGUUGGAGGCGUUUAGUCGAAUCAACGGCUGCCCGCCUGUUUCAAGCCCCAACAUGAGCAUUGGGUUUGUCGAUGCUGAAGGACAAGGCGAUCGCGAUAUCACAUACGAUUCCCGCUUGGUGUCUCCAGUGCUGUUGGCAUCCAAAGUCGUGAUUUUCAACUGGAAGGACUCUCUCCAAGCCGACCGCAUGCUUAAUUUGCUCGCUGUCCUGGCCAAAGCUGCCCAAAAUGUUGAAUUGGCAGAAGGAGAAACGCGCAAGGUGUUUGGCCAUCUCCACAUCGUCUUUCGCGACUGGAAUUUCAUCAACACGAGUCCAACCGAAGUGCACGAUACGCUCUUUAAGAAGGAAAAAGGCGCGUCCAAAGAAGUUAGCAACCGCAACCUUGCGCGGCAUGAGUUGAGCGAGGCGUUUGAAAGCAUUAGCAUUUGGCUGUUCCCAUUGCCGGUGGUGAGCACUGCCCAGCUGAGCGAACGCAUUCGAUUUGAGCAGCUGCAGCCGUCCUUCCAAAGCAAGCUGCGCGAAUUGAGAAAAACCAUGUCACAGCAGCUGCAGGACCCGAUGCUGUUCAAUCAGCAGCCCCUGACGGGCCGUAAAUUGGCCGACAUGAUGCCACUCUUUGCAGAGAGCCUGAACGACAACCGAGUGAUCAUGCCCGAGUCUAUUUACUCGUCGAUGCGGCGGGCGGAAGGGAAGAAGAUUCAAUUGCAUGCAGAAGAUGCUAUCCGCAACUUUUGCAAGGCGCAACUGGAACUGCCGUCGUUGGUCGACACGCAAGCAUUUACAGCUCAAGUGCACCUUGGGCUGGUCAAGUUGGUGCAAGGAACGUUGGAAACCUUGCGAUCGUUUCCGUCGGACGUGGCGGACGAGUGCCACAAGGCCCUGCACUUGUUUGUCGAGCGCGAACUCGAAUUGGCAUCCAAGUCCAAUAACGAAAAGAUUUUGCAACACUUCCACACCCUUGUCGACCGUUCUAGCACCUCCAUCAGCGACAACAUCAAACAACUCGAAGCCGCACUCCCUGUGGCCCCAGCGGCGCUUUCGCAGCAGUGCGACGCCAUUGUCCAUGACGCCGUGGUAUCGCUUCAGAAGUGCCCCAAGACGACGUUGAGAUCGUUUGACAAUGACAUCCGUCGCUUGGAGCAGCAAGGAUUGGCACUGAAGGAGCGACUUCAGCAUUUGAAUGAACGCGCGAUUCGUGAACGCUCGUCCAAGUUGCUGGCUCAAUUGUCGUCUUGCAAAAGUGAAUUGAAGAGCAAGGGUACGACUUGGCUGGACAAGCAAAUUGCAAGCGGCACGCCGUUUACCAUUUCGAUGCUCGAAGAGGAAUUGCUUCGUUUGCAUGCGUCGUUCGAUUUUGGCGAGCCAAACCCUGCUGUGGACGAGGUCGACAUUGAGCAAGAGAUGCGCGAGUUCCACGCGCAGUUGCUGGACGACCUGAAGCGCCAGUACACGUUUCACAUCCGUCGUGUGGUCCUCCAGUUCAUUGGCACAGCCAAGUCCUUGUUGGAAAAGGAACUGCAAGUGAUUGUGCUGCCAAUGCCCGAUCAAAAGCUGCGGGAACGAAUCCACGAAUCAAAGGAACGUGUCGUCCUGGAUAUCGCAAGCCAAAUGCAAGGGUGGAGCUUUCCUCAAGAAGAAAUGGUGCAUUUUGGAAACGCUGUCACAGAGUACACGCAACAAUUGCAAGACGCGUAUAGCAAGCAAAACCAAUCGGCCUCCAAGGACUCUGCCGCCCGGGAAGCGUCUGCGCGGUACAAAGUUGCAAAAGACGCGCUGAUGCACUCGUUGAACGAGGCUAUCAUCGGAGCUAUCCCAAUGUCAGUGGACGCCCUGGAACGACUGUACGACGAACACUUGCUUCGAACGUGCACCCAGUUGAGCGACGGCCACCAAAUCAAGCACGAGAAGAUCAUGCAAUCUCUAAAAGCGGACCUGGCCACGCUAAUGAUGCAGCUCAAGACAAUCAACACCAAGGAAACCGAAAAAGCCGCCUUGAUGAACGCUGCAGAGACAGAACGGCAACGAACGGAAGCGUUGGCGAAUCAAGUAAAGCAAUCCCAGGCUUUAGCCGCAAAGCGGGAGCAAGAAAUGCACUCCAAGUUGUUGGAAAAGGAGACCAAAUCGAAGCACUUGCUGGAUGAGUUGUCGUCGCAAGAGGCAAAGACCCAAGCAUUGGAACGUGAGCUGCAGCUGGCGAAACAAAAGGCAAUCGAAUUAGCCGAGGAAAAGAAGCGAGCUGAAGCCGAAGGACUGAAACUGGCCUCGAAAGAGCGACAAGAUGCCCAACGCUUGAUUGAGGAAAACUCCACAAAGCAAAACAAGCUGCAGAGCGAACUUCGAGCGAUUCAGGCCCGCUUGGAGCAGCAGCAAAUCAUCCUUCAGGCCAAAGAAAGAGAGGUCCAAGCUGCUGAAAUCGCGAAAGAAAAGGCGAAACAGUUGAGUUUGGAGAAGGACCGAGCGUUGAAAGCGGUCGAGCGGGAACGCGCGUUGCGGGAAAAAUUGAGCGAAGACAUCUUGUCCCACCAAGCGCAAACUGCCAAGCUGGAAACGACCAUGUCCAGCGUCAUUCGCGAAAAGACCCGCGAGACCGAGCAAUUGCAGGCGACGUUGACGGACCAAGAGCGCAAAACGCAGCAGCUGGAGCAAGAACUGCAGCGCAUGAAAGACCAGGCGCAGGCUCUGGCCCAAGAAAAGGAGCACUGGCGUCGUCAAAACGAGGCCAUGGCCAAGUCGAAAUUGGACAUGGAAAUGCAAGUGAAGGAUGAAGCUGCCCGUCGGGAAGCAGCCGAAGCGGCGGCUGUGCAGGCUGGCCAAGCUGCGGAGGUUGCUGCCAAAGCAGCGAUGGAGGCCAUGGAUGUUACGCCCGAAAAAAAGCGCAAGACACCGGUCGCAUCGUCCAGCUCCAAGAAGGCCAAGAGAUUGGAUGUCAAGGCUCCGUUGCCGAAACUUUCCCUCCAAGAAGCCAAGCGCCUAGCGAAGGAAGAAAUGGACAAACGUGUGGGGGAACGUAUUGCAAAGUUGAAAAAGUAGUAAGAUUGCACAUGUCAGUUUUAGCAUUUCAACGAUAUAAUUUUGAAAUCAACGUGGUUUUUUCGAGAA